AUGCCGUCUACCCAUAUAGAUCAUCACCACCCUAUCGGACAACACAAUAAUGAGGUGAAGGGAGGCGAUGAGAAGUUAUUUGUUGACCAUUGCUCCGUUUCCUAUAUGACACCAUGGGCUACUGUAUUUGCCAUGGCAGCGCUUUAUGCAUUGGCUUUAUUAUGGUUUUGCAAGCAUGGAAAGAAAAUGUGCCUCCCAGCCCCAGAUACACUAUAUCCCUAUAUGAAACGUUUAAAAGCAAUGAAAAGAGAGCUUGGCAAAUUUCUGGUGGACGACGUUUUUAUCGAGCUGACCGACGAUAAGCUUGGCCAAGGAGCGGUUGGUUUUGUUUUUAAAGGCUUUGUGUACCCAAGGACGCAAAAUCGAUAUAAGCAAAAGAUGUCAGCCGCUAUAAAGAUGAGCUAUCCAAUUCCGCAAAAAUCGAUGGGAUUAUUGGAAGAAGCUUGUCGAAUGUCAAAAUUAGAACACGAACAUAUCGUCCGUCUUCUUGCUGUAUCGAAGCUAUCCUUCACGGCAUUCCGGCCUUUGAUCGUGAUGGAAUGGCUUCCGGGCGGAUCGUUGGCUGAAUAUUUUCGAGAAGAGAUCCGGAUGAAAGAAGACCACGAACGGCCGCCAAUUUUUGUGAGGAGUGUGAUCUCUGUAUUGGCGCAGGUUGGUGCUGCAUUAAAAUACCUUCAUGACAGUCGUGACGAGCGGGGGCAAGAACUUACCCACGGAGACGUUGCCGCAAGAAAUGUCCUAUUGACUAGUCGUCAUUUAGAAACUUGCGUGGCGAAACUCGGUGACUUUGGGUUGCCUGUCGAUUUUGGGCCCAGACUUCCCGUUCCGUGGCUCCCCCCGGAAAUUGUCUGCGCUCUAGAUAAAAACCCAGCUCAUCGGACGGAAAGUGAUGUUUGGAUGUUCGGGGUGCUUGCAUGGGAAUGUGUGACGCUAGGCGCAGAGCCACAUUAUCAGAGGACAAUACGCGAAAUUCAGGCAUGUUAUCGUCAACCUGAUAGAGGUCUUGUCUAUCCUCCAGCAUGCCCCGCACAGUUAUGGUCCUUAAUCCUUGAAUGCCUCUCCGAACAGCACCGUAGACCUCGAUUCCUUGGCCCCGUUGAUGGGCCCGCUUCCGCAUUAUACAAAUUGCGCCAACUUCGCCAAAGUUUUGCCACAUCUACGCAUUGUCUGGAAUUUGUGGCAAAUGAGGGCCAUUGCACUUGUGCCCAGCAUCGUUGCCAUGUGCCCUUGCCAUCGUUUUCGAGAACUGGA